AUGGGGCGUGGGACCCUAAGGCCACAUGGCGAUUUAACCACAGCUUCUUCGGCCGUGUCUUUUACGGCCUUCGGCUUCGGCCUUCAAUACUGCGGUCGCGAGGCCGAGAGGAUUCUGCCUUUGCAGCUUUUCUUUUGUUCUCAGGAAGGCGAAAUGCUUGACGAAACGGUAGGCGCCAGGGCCGAAAGGAAGUCCCUUCAAUCAGUUUAUGACCGUGAUUUAUUAGGCACAAACAUAGCCAAAUGUGUGAAAAUUGUCCCUGGGUCUAAGUUCAAGAAUUAG